GAUCUAACUCUAAAUUCUCCUUCUGUAUCGGAGCUGGUCCGCUCCGGCUCCCGCAGCUCUGCUCUGCUUCUCCCAGACGCCGAGCCGCUAUCUCCCCGCAUUCAGCCCCGCCACAGCCGCUACAGCAGCUUCGCUCCAUACGAACAUGGCGCCUCAAUUUUUCCCCUCUUUACUAAAAGCGCAGAGAUUAGCUGAAGCACAGCGACAGAACCCGGGCCGAGCAUGAACACAGGAGAUGUCUCAGGUGCUGUGACUCUGGACUCAGUCAAUUCUGUCACUUUCACCCAGGACACUGAUGGCAAUAUCAUCCUGCACUGCGCUCAGGACGAUGAUGGAGGUCUGGGAUCAGAUGAAGAAGCUGAAUCUAUGCCUAAGCGAUUGCGACUGUCCAAAGACGACACUGAUGACUCCCCUGAUACUCCCUCCAGCUACUCUGUGUUCACACUUCCAAUUUCAGAGAGUGAUGAGAGCUUUGAGGUGACAAUGACUGCUACAGAGAUGAAGGAUGAACUGGAGGAGCAGACAAGCGAAGCUCAAACACAGGAGGACGAGAACCUCUCCUCCUCACACAAAAGCAGUGACAUGUCUGCAGUAAGUCAAGCCUGGUUUACUACAAAAGAGGACAAAGACACACUAGUGAACAAAGGUCACAAGUGGAAACAGGGUAUGUGGUCAAAGGAGGAGAUUGAUAUAUUGAUGAAUAACAUUGACAGCUACCUCAAGAACCGGGGCAUCCAGGACCCCACAGAGAUCAUCUUUGAGAUGUCCAAAGAGGAGAGGAAGGAUUUCUACCGCAGCAUUGCAUGGGGUUUAAACCGUCCACUUUUUGCGGUGUAUCGGCGUGUGCUGCGAAUGUAUGACAAUCGCAACCAUGUAGGCAAAUACACUCAAGAAGAGAUUGAAAAACUAAAAGAUCUCAGACAGAAGCAUGGAAAUGACUGGGCCACCAUUGGGGCAGCUCUAGGCAGAAGUGCUUCAUCAGUGAAGGAUCGCUGUAGACUCAUGAAGGACACCUGCAAUACAGGUAAAUGGACAGAAGAGGAGGAGAGGCGGUUGGCGGAGGUGGUGCACGAGCUGACCGGCACUGAGUCAGGCGAUAUGGUGACUCAGGGUGUGUCGUGGGCGUCUGUGGCAGAUAUGGUUGGCACACGCUCAGAAAAGCAAUGCCGCUCUAAAUGGCUCAACUACCUGAACUGGAAACAGAGUGGAGGGACAGAAUGGACCAAAGAGGACGACCUCUUCCUUAUCCGAAGGAUAGCUGAGCUGGAGGUAAAAGAUGAGAAUGAAAUUAACUGGGAUAUUCUUGCUGAGGGGUGGAGCAGUGUCCGCUCACCCCAGUGGCUUCGCAGCAAGUGGUGGACAAUUAAAAGACAAGUGGCAAAUCAUAAAGAACUUCCCUUUGCUGUCUUGUUAAAAGAUCUACAAGAUGUUGCAGAGGCACCAUCGCCUCCAGUGAAUAAGGUUGUGGUGGUGGGUUCUCGCUCUGCUAACGCCUCUCCCAGCCCCGUCACAGCACUGCAGAUCCCCGUACAGAUUCCAGUGCAGAUCACACAUGUCUCUUCUUCAGACAGUGCAAGUGGUACCCCUGAAAGUGGGACAAUCACACUAAACUCUGGAGCUCUGCAAGCCUUUGAACUUCUACCAUCUUUCCACCUGCAGCCUACUGGCACUCCAGGAACCUAUUUCCUGCAGACAGGGUCCAAUCAGAGCCUGCCCCUCACGCUCACAGCCAAUCCCACUGUGACGCUUACGGCUGCCGCAUCACCAGGGUCUCCAGACCAGAUUAUCUUACAUAGCCUCUCUGCGGACAGUCUGACUGAGAACGUUACAGUGCAGAUGUCUCACCCUGGCAUCAUCAUCCAAACUGUGACCUCAGAAGACCUCCCCGACCCUCUCAACCAAUCAGAGUUGACCACAGAGCAGGACUUGGCGAACGAGGAGCCUGCUGAGAGUCCAGACAGUUUGAAGCAGGAGGGAGAGUCUAGUGAGCCAAGCUCAAAAGCCAUUACUGACAAGCCUCAGGAAUCUAAAGAGAAAGAGGAGAAUUCUGGCAUAAGUGACGGUACGGCGCUCAUCGUCCCAUCUCCAAGCAGCUUCAUCCCAACCAGUGACAUCACCACAGACUCUGUCCUUCCUGUUGGAUCACUGACAGAUCCCAUUCUACAGAACCAGGAAGAAGGAUCAGACUAAGGGCUUCCAUGAGCAGGCAGAAAAAUUGUGUGAACAUCAUGAAAGCAGAGCCAUAGAACAGUUACAACUCCAGCCCAGUCCAGUGCUGGAGAACACUGCACAGGGUGGAUGAGAAGCCAGCCAGCCAGCCAGCCAGCCAGCCAUUCAUAAUACAUCUUGCUGGUGUAGACGUAUAGACGUGUAGAUGGCAAGCAUUAAAGCACUAAUGAUGAGGCUUUUUAGCUUUCCUGUAGUCACAUGCCCAGCCAGUUGUUAUAAGCUACAAGAAACAAGUGUGCUAAGCUGUUUCAAUGAAAUAGAUAAACCUCAGUUUCUUACAGUCUUUGGCAACAAAGCAUUCGCUACACCUAAUUCUAAUACUCCUACAGAGUGUUAACUACACAAACUGACUUAUUCUGGUAUUGUUAUGAGCCAAUUCUCACAACACAAGUAAAAUUGUGGUGCACACAUACAAACAGUUUACUUGUAUACAUUUAUUGUAUUAAUCUAUUCAUCAGUAUAGUAUCUGUACAUUUGUCAUGAUGCAGUUAUGAACAUGAAGGUACAUAGAGCAACACAUUUUUUAUAGUCCGUUUAAAAGUAAAUUCUUACACUGUUUUUGAAAUAUAACUAUUUUAAUGUAUUUCUGAAUAUUGUUUUCCCAGUUAUUAUUAUUAUUAUUAUUCCUAUUUUAUGAGAUUUGUCAAGAUGCACUGGUUUCAUGUUAGUGUAUAGCACCAGGAUGUUAGCCAAACUCUAAAUGUGUGGACAUCUGUUAAUUUAUCAAAGCGUUACAUUUUUUCUAUGUGAGUUUCUGCAUUUGUGUUUAUUUAUUGAAUAAACAAAAUGUUAUGCAGUA